GUUUUCGUGCUGAGAAUUCGGCCUUCUCACACACACGGGCUGGCUUGAUAUUUUUGGCCCAUCAAUACCCCAUCCUCGAACAACAGCAUUGUCUUCAAGAUGUUGGACAUAAGCUGGAAAGCUAGCAAGCAAUUUCUCUUCAUCUUCCUGGCAUCUUCUUGAGACUUUAUUUUCCUUCAUUUGUUUUGGCAAUUAUGGCUGAAACUUCAUGGACGAGAGAGGAGAACGAGAAGUUCAAGAAUGCACUGGUGUUGUUCUCUGCCUUUUUGCCUACUCGGUUCAAGAGUAUCGCGGAGUAUGUGCAGAAAUCGGUAGCUGAUGUUAAGGAGCAUUACAAGGAAAUGGUCAAUGAUCUUUUAGAGAUGGGAUCCAGUCGAGUUGCUUUUCCUAAUAAAUUGACUGAGGCUAUGGCUCAAAGUUCGCACCAGGCCGAGAGAACUAAAUGGAACAAAGAAACACAUGAAUGGUUUCUGAUCGGGUUAAAGCGGUUUGGGAAAGAUUGGCGUCAAAUAGUCGUCUUAUUGAAUUCCAAGAACCCGAAGCAAGUGGAAAUAUAUGCACAUAACUAUUUCAACUGGCAAAGCUCAGAGAAAAAUGUGAUGAAACGCCCUAGAGCCAACGACAUAACUGUGGCGAAUACGGAUGUAAAUGUGAUGAAACGACAGAGAGCAAAUGACAUGGUGGACACCAAUGUGGGCUCAACAGGCCAACAAGAGAGUCUCGUCGUUCAUCCGCAGCCACAAUAUGAGCCGAUUGUUAUGCAAAUCGGUCACCAUGCUAAGGCCUCCAACUCAAAGUGAUAUAAAUCUUUAUGACCGUA